AUGGCUAUAUUUCGUACUGGUCCUCGUGACCCGGAUGCCUUCCCCGCCAUGCAGCUCUUUCUGCUGGCCAUUGUCCGACUAGCCGAGCCUAUUGCCUUGACAUCCAUUUUUCCCUACGCCUGGGCUCUCGUCAAGGACUUCCAUAUCGGUAAGGAGGAAGAUGCUUCAUUCUACUCCGGUAUCCUUAUCUCGGCCUUUUCUCUUGCAGAGGCUGUCAUGGGAACUUACUGGGGUUCUCUGUCCGAUCGCAUCGGCCGAAAGCCUGUUUUGAUCAUCGGAUCUGUUGGUACUAUGAUUAGCAUGUUGAUGAUGGGAAUGGCUCCUAGCUUUGGCGUUGCUCUGUUUGGUCGUGCUCUGGGAGGUCUGCUUAACGGGAACAUCGGCGUCAUCCAAACUAUGGUCGGCGAGCUGGUUACCAAGCCCGAACACGAGCCACGUGCGUUCUCUAUCAUGCCCUUCGUCUGGAGUAUCGGAACCAUCGUAGGCCCUUCUAUUGGCGGCAUGUUUGCGCACCCCCACGAUACUUGGCCUGAAGCUUUCCCUACCAGCAGCUUCUUCUACCGUUAUCCGUACUUGCUACCCAACCUCAUCUGCUCAGGACUGCUGCUCGUGAGCAUUGUGCUCGGCCUACUUCUCCUUGAGGAGACCCAUCCCGAUAUGCAAACCAAGCACGUUCCGGUCUCCGAGUACCGUCCUUCCGAGGAAACACCUCUGCUUGUAUCUUCGAACAGGAUGGCAACCGAGCUCGAGCCUGAAGCCUACGGUGCUAUCGAGAACCUCGGUGAUGAUUUGAACGAGGCAUGGGAUGCUUCUUGCAUCGAGAACGAAAAGGAUAUAAUGGUUGUCCCCUCCAAGAUCUGGAACCGUCGCGUUGUGGGCUUAAUCGUUGCCUUGUCCAUCUUCACUUAUCACUCUAUGAGUUUCGAUCACCUCCUGCCAAUCUUUUUCGAAGCGGAUCGCGCCAGCGUCACGGAGAUGAUCAAGGGCGUCUCCAUCUUCCCCUUCUACUCUCCCGGUGGUCUGGGUAUGACUCUCCAAGAUGUUGGAAUGAUCAUGGCUUUCGACGGAGGCAUUGCUCUGUUUAUCCAGGUCUUUAUCUUCCCUUGGGCUGUUAAGAAGGUUGGAACUUACCGCCUGUUCCUCCUUGUCACGGUCCUCCACCCGACGAUCUACAUUCUGAUGCCCAUGCUGCUUCUUGUCCCUGAGUGUCUGACAUACCCUGCCAUCUACGGUUGCCUUAUCGUUCGCAACAUCCUUUCCAUCAUUCUCUAUCCUCUCUUGUUGAUCUUGAUCAAGGAGGCUACACCCAGUGCCAGCGCUCUUGGUAGAGUCAACGGUUUGGCUGCCAGCGCUGGCGCCGCUUGCCGAAUGGUCGCCUCUCCUGUUGCUGGAUUCUUGUGGACCGUUGGUAGCAAGUCUAACUGCUCUGCCCUCGCCUGGUAUGGCAGUGCUGUCGUUGCUAUCUUUGGAGCCUUCCAGUGCUUCUGGGUGCCUCGUAAGUGCAACCAGGUUGUUUCCGAGGAGGCCCCCGCUCUGCCUCGCAAGCAGACUGUUGAGGUCACCGAAACCGAGUUCUACGACUCGUCUUGA